GGAUAAAAAGUUCCUCAAAGAUCUAGAAAGCUGAAUGUGAUCAACAUGAAGAGCUUGAAAGCAAAGUUCAGGAAGAGUGACACCAAUGAGUGGAAUAAGAAUGACGACCGGCUGCUGCAGGCGGUGGAGAACGGCGAUCCCGAGAAAGUGGCUUCGCUGCUGGGCAAAAAGGGAGCCAAUGCCACCAAACACGAUAGCGAGGGCAAAACUGCUUUUCACCUGGCAGCCACCAAAGGGCAUGCAGAAUGCCUCAGGAUCAUGGUGACACACGGUGCCGACGUGACAGCCCAGGACGGGGCAGGGCACAGCGCUUUACAUCUUGCAGCAAAGAACAGUCACCCUGAUUGUGUUAAGCGGCUUCUUCAGUGUAAAUGCCCAGCGGACAGCACUGACAAUGCUGGGAAAACAGCUUUACAUUAUGCAGCUGCAUGUGGUUGUCUUCAGGUAGUUCAACUUCUGUGUGAGCACAAAUGUCCAGUUAACGUCAAAGACUUGGAUGGGAACAUACCUUUGCUGCUUGCAGUACAAAAUGGUCACACAGAAAUCUGCAAAUACCUUGUGGAUCAUGGAGCAGAUGUCAACACUAGGGACAAAAAUGGAAGAACUGCUUUGAUGGUGGCUUGUGAAGCUGGUAGCCUUAACAUUGUGGAAACCUUGCUUAGAAAAGGUGCAGAUGUCAGUUUAGUAGAUGUCUUUGGACAGAAUGCCCUACAUUACUCCAAACUCUCCGAGAAUACAGGGAUCCAGARUCUCCUGUCAUCAAAGAUCUCUCAGGAUGCGGAUAYAAAGUCACCAACUAAAGCAAAGCAGCAUGAUCAAGGCUCUAAAUUAAGUUCAGAAAGAAGUGGAACUCCAAAAAAACGCAAAGCCCCACCUCCUCCUAUCAGUCCUGUUCAGCUUAGUGAUUUGUCCUCCCCACGCUCAUCAACUUCAACUCCCAUGACUGGAAAAGGACAGACUUUCUUUGCUGACCAAGUAUACAAGGAAGAAUUCAGUCCCCUGAAUAACAAAGACAGGCUGAGUGACAGCACAACAGGUGCUGAUAGUUUGUUGGAUGUAAGUUCUGACACUGACCAGCAAGAUCUACUCAUGUUGAUGCAAGCAAAAAUCGCUUCUCUGACAUUACACAAUAAGGAGCUACAGGACAAAUUACAGGAAAGAAYGCCUAAAGAAGCAGAUUCUACCAUAGAUUCUUUUCAUUCAACCCAAACAGAGUUUGACCAAACAGCAGAUAGGCAAAGUGAGCUUUCAGCUCAGGAGCUGAAGUCUUCAUUAAAUGCCACCCAAAUUCAAGAAAAGCCAGCAAGCCCCAGUGAAAUAAAAAUAAAAUACCUCCAGGAAGAUUUAAAGGAUGUGCAGRGGAAAUUAGAGACCUCUGAAGCCAAAAGAAGGCACUUAGAGGCUCAGGUCCAGUCUAGAGUCCCAGACACAGAUCAUUUAAAUAGCACGGGCAUUUCAGAAAAUGGCUCUGAUCUUAACCUAAAGCUCCAAGAAACUCAGAGCAGGUAUGAGGAAGCAGUGAACGAGGUUUUGAAUGUACAAAGGCAAAUGAAACUGGGUCUUGCUUCUUCUGAAAGUGAAGAAAUGAGUUCUGACCUGAGUAGGUUGAAGGUUACAUGCGAAGAAUUUGAAAUGCUUAAGCAAGAGUUGAAGAGAGCUUUGGAGGAAAAUGAAAGACAAAAAGAGAAAGUGAGAGAGCUGCAGAAAAAGUUUGAAGAAAGAGAGCAGAAUGUGCCAAUGUCUGUAGAAGAAUGUGAGGAGAUAAAGAAUACAUAUUGUUCAGUUAUUGACAACAUUAACCAGGAGAAGGCGUUGUUGAUUGAGAGAUAUAAAGAAGGGCAAGAGGAAAUUAAAAGGCUGCAGGAUAAGCUGGCAAAUCAGACACGGUUGGAAUCUAGUGCCGAAGCUGGAGAAAAGAAGGAGGCCAUGAGCAAAAUGGUAGAUGAGCUCAACAGACAACUUAGUGAGUUAUCUGAGUUGUACAAAGAAGCACAAACAGAACUCGAAGAUUAUAAGAAGAGAAAAACUCUAGAUGAUAUAGCUUUGGAYUACAUUCCUAGAGAAGAGCAUGAGAAACUGAUGCAGAUAACAAAUUCUUUGAAAUACAAAGCUGAGAAUGAGUUAUCAGAAAUGAAAUCACAGUACACAAAAGUACUAGAUGAAGCAGAAGAGCUAAAGCAACUGAUAGACACUCAGAAACAGAACUCCAUGCCAAUUACUGAACACCAUCAAAUGAUAAAUGCACUCAGAAUUACUUUAAAGGAAAUGGAGGAAGAAGUAAAUGAGCUCAAAGGACUAGUUACCAGCAAGGAAAAUGAAGUAAGACACCUGCAGAAGGAACUGCUGGAAGAAAAAGCUGCAAUUAAUGAAGCAAUGGUACCCAGGUCUACCUAUGAAAAACUCCAGUCUUCAUUAGAAGGCGAAGUUAGUGUUUUGUCAUCCAAACUGAAGGAGGUAAUCAAGGAGAAGGAAAAUGUGUCCUUAGAUGUCAUACAGCUGAGAAAUGAAGUUCUGCAUUUGAAAGGAGAGAAGGAAGGAUUGCAUACUCUACUUGCAGCAAAGGAUCGGGAGGUAACUGGACUUCAGCAAAAGUACCAUCAAGCUCAAGAGGAGCUUCUUGAAAUGAAAAGCUCGUCAAAAACAGAAGAGGAUAAAGAUAAAAAGAUCAAUGAGAUGUCCAAGGAGAUUACCAAGUUAAAAGAAGCAUUGAACAGCCUUUCCCAGCUUUCCUACUCCACCAGUGCCCCCAAAAGACAAAGCCAGCAGCUGGAGGCCUUGCAGCAACAAGUGAAGCAGUUGCAAAACCAACUCGCUGAAACGAAGAAACAACAUCAGGAAAUUGUCUCAGUUUACCGGAUGCAUCUUCUCUAUGCCGUGCAGGGUCAAAUGGAUGAAGAUGUCCAGAAAGUGCUUAAACAAAUCUUAUCAAUGUGCAAAAGCCAAUCACAGAAAAAGUAAACAAAAAACAAACAGAACUCCCCAUUUUUAUUAAUCCCGAUAUGGGUGUUUAUCUAGAUUUGCCUUAAUGUAAGAUUUACAAUGGCAAUUUGCUGCUUUUUCUUUUUGUUGUGCUGUUUGCAAGGUGGAUUUAUCUCUCUCUACCACUUUCCAUGUGCAUUUGCAUGUGCAAUAACAAAGACAUGCCUGCUUUUUGUAUCCACAUUACAAGUAUCUUCUUCAAACUUGUUACCUAGGCCACUCCAUGUCAUGUUGAUCCUGAAAGUACUUUGUAGCUUCCUCCAAGAGAGGAAGGCUAAUCUGGAUGCAAGCACUCAUAUCGUCUGGGUAAAGGUGAAAUUCUCCAUGAGGUCUCCUGUAUUAUUUAUAAACUGCAUCUUAUUACUGGGGAGUUUGUUAGGUGUUGUGGGACUCAGAUUCCUGACAUUUUGCUAUAUUCAGUCUUUGGCAGAGCAGAGUUUGGGCAGCCUUGCAGCAGUGAGCAGAGGUAGAUGCUUAUGGUGAGCCAGAACAUCAAGCAGCUACACGUUAUAUUAUUUAAGAUUAGUAAGGUAGCUGUCCCAGUCCAUCCAAUGCACUGAGUAUGCAGAAUCAUACCAUGCUUCAUAGUUUCCCUGAACUGCCUGUAGCAGAACCGAACUAUUUCACAAGGUAAAAUCAUUAGUUUAUCAAAGUUCUGUACAAAGCAGUACAGAAAAGUUUGUAAAAAAACCACCCUUUCUGAUAGGUUUAGCUAUCUAUGCAAGUGUUGGCCAUGAAGCUCAGGAACAAAACCAGAACAUAUACUUCAGACAAGGGAUUCUAGUGAACACAGGAUGUUUACAGUGAACGUCAAUGCCUCGAACUUCCUAACCUCACUUUUGUAAAGAUCUCCUCUUCAGUAUAUUUUUAUCGGCCCUCUAAUGAAUUCUUUUGUAACUAAACCAUUUUUUCUACAUAAUAUUUGCAUUAAGCUUAUUAACAAAUAUUUUUAGGUAACUAUGUUUUAGAGAGUUUCUUUUUAUACCCCAAGUAUUUGGUAAUAGUGAAGCAUAGUGAAGUGCUUUCGGCUUGAAAAACUCUGUACCGAAUAAUAGAUCUGUCUGUCAACAUGGCCCAGGGCAGUGAAGUGCAAAAUACAAUUCAGCCCUCUGUUUCCGCAUGUAUAGAAAUGAUUGGUAGAGAACAACAAAAGGUGUCAAAAAUUUCUGCGUGUUCCUUCUAGAGGCCAUGGGCAUCGAUAGAGCCUUUGUCAGCGCUUUAAAAUUUAAAGGUCGAAAAAGAAAUGCGUGAUGUGGUUUAGUAUAAAACUGUGGGAGAAUAUUUCUAAAUACAUGCUGCACUUGAGGGUACAACCRUUCUAACCAGCUUGUAGCUUCACUAUGUUAUUUGUUUCAUUCCUGUUAGCAAAUAUGUCUCUAAUAGAGAAAUCUCCAGGGCUAUGUAAUCUAUGAAGUUUGUAUAGAGUCAUAAUAUGACAAGAGUCAGCGGUGCCUCGGGCUGACUGGACUCAUAGUGCACUUAGAUAAUUCCUAACCCUGGAAAAACUGAAAUGGAUUUUAAAAAUGUAAACAAGAAAUAUGUCUUUGCCUCAGUUAGACUUUGGUGUUACUUUUCCUGGGUGGUUUAACUAAUGCCUGCUAAUUAUGAACAGUAUUUUAUAGUUAGAUGGUUUUGAAAAUGCUCCAAAGAAAUGUGAAAAGAAUUUUGCUGCAGCACUUAAAACAACAAAAUUGUAAGCAUGCUAAUGCUGCGAAGUAUGAAACUUGAUGAACCAUUUUGUAGGUUGCCUGAUGGAUUUAGUCUUCUACUUUGUUUUGGUUUG